AUGAUCUAUCGUCUGUGUUAUCACCAUAUUGUGUUAUCACUAGAUUGUGCAAGGGAAACUGUGAUGUUAUCCACUGAUGGUGCAGCCUCCCUUGAUGGUGUUGCCUCCAAUGCUACUGCUGCCUCUAUUGUUGCUGCAGCCUUCAAUACUGGUCUAGCCUCUACUGCUACUGCUGCCUCUAGUGCAAAUAUAGCCUCCACCACUGGUCCAACCUCAACUGUUACUACCUUUAAUGCUGCUCCACCCUCCACUGCUGGUCAAGCCUUAACUGCUGGUGCAGCCUACACUGUUGGUCGUAGGAGUGGUGCAGUUGGGAGAUGUUCUGGGAGUGGUGUCAUUGACAAGUAUAUCCUAUAA